AGUAGCUGCUGCCAAGUCUCGCGAGCUUUGUCAGUAACAGUUGAUUGCAAUGUCAGUGCAGUCCAAUUCACAGGCUGGAGCAGCAGCUGCACACUGCAUUUCCCCGAAGUAAUACAUGAUUUCCACGCCUUGCAAACUUUAUCAUCUUUUGUUGCAGUGAGUCGGAAACCAAUAUGCAGAGCAAGGGUACAAUCGUAUGCACCCAACUUCUUUUUCUGUUUCUUCUGCUCUGGAUGCUCAUUGGGAAAUCACACACUGAAGAAGACAUCGUCAUCACAACCAAGAAUGGUAAAGUCAGAGGGAUGAACUUGCCCGUUCUCGGGGGCACAGUAACAGCCUUUCUUGGAAUUCCCUAUGCACAGCCACCUCUUGGCAGACUUCGGUUCAAGAAGCCACAAUCCUUGGCCAAGUGGCCCAAUAUUUGGAAUGCCACAAAAUAUGCAAAUUCUUGCUAUCAGAACACAGAUCAAAGUUUUCCAGGCUUCCUGGGAUCCGAGAUGUGGAAUCCAAAUACUGACCUCAGCGAAGACUGUUUAUAUCUGAAUGUGUGGAUUCCAGCACCUAAACCAAAAAACGCUACUGUAAUGGUAUGGAUUUACGGGGGUGGUUUUCAAACUGGAACAUCAUCUUUACCUGUUUAUGAUGGCAAAUUCCUGGCACGAGUUGAGAGAGUUAUUGUAGUUUCAAUGAACUAUAGGGUGGGUGCCCUAGGGUUUUUAGCUUUACCAGGAAAUUCAGAGGCACCAGGGAACAUGGGCUUGUUUGACCAACAGUUGGCACUUCAGUGGGUCCAAAAAAAUAUAGCAGCCUUUGGUGGAAAUCCUAAAAGUGUAACUCUCUUCGGAGAAAGUGCAGGGGCAGCUUCAGUUAGUCUUCACCUACUUUCUACUAGAAGCCACCCGUUGUUUACCAGAGCAAUUCUGCAAAGUGGGUCUGCUAAUGCCCCUUGGGCAGUAACAUCUCUUGAUGAAGCUAAGAACAGAACAUUGACCUUAGCUAAAUUUAUUGGUUGCUUUAGAGAAAAUGAGACGGAGAUCAUCAAAUGCCUUCGAAAUAAAGACCCCCAGGAGAUUCUUCUGAAUGAAGUAUUUGUUGUCCCCUAUGAAACUCUCUUGUCAGUAAAUUUUGGCCCAAUUGUGGAUGGCGAUUUUCUCACUGACAUGCCAGACACACUACUCCAACUUGGACAGUUCAAAAAAACCCAGAUCUUGGUGGGUGUUAAUAAAGAUGAAGGGACAGCGUUUUUAGUAUAUGGUGCCCCUGGUUUCAGCAAAGAUAACAACAGUAUCAUUACUAGAAAAGAAUUUCAAGAAAGUUUAAAAAUGUUUUUUCGAGGAGUGAGUGAAUUUGGAAGGGAAUCCAUCCUUUUCCAUUACAUGGACUGGUUAGAUGAUCAAAGAGCUGAAAACUACCGUGAGGCCUUGGAUGAUGUUGUGGGGGAUUACAAUUUCAUAUGCCCUGCCUUGGAGUUCACCAAGAAGUUCUCAGAUUUGGGAAAUAAUGCCUUUUUCUACUAUUUUGAACACCGAUCCUCCAAACUUCCUUGGCCUGAAUGGAUGGGAGUGAUGCAUGGUUAUGAAAUUGAAUUUGUCUUUGGUUUACCUCUGGAAAGAAGAGUAAAUUACACAAGAGCUGAAGAAGUUCUGAGUAGAUCCAUAAUGAAACACUGGGCAAAUUUUGCAAAAUAUGGAAAUCCAAAUGGGACCCAGAAUAGUAGUACAAGUUGGCCUGUCUUCAAUAACACUGAACAAAAAUAUUUAACCUUGAAUACACAGUCGCCAAAAAUAUAUACUAAACUACGUGCUCAACAAUGCCGAUUCUGGACACUGUUUUUCCCCAAAGUCUUGGAAAUGACAGGAAAUAUUGAUGAAGCAGAACAAGAAUGGAAAGCAGGAUUCCAUCGCUGGAACAAUUACAUGAUGGACUGGAAAAAUCAAUUUAACGAUUACACUAGCAAGAAAGACAGCUGUGCAGAUUUUUGAAGAUUUCAAAGACAGUAAACAGAGGCAGAGGGUGAUUUGAAACACAGAACAGGAGAAAGAAGGUGAUGUGACCAGGAAGAGAUUGGAGGGAUUCAGACACAAGCUAAGAAAUGCCAGCAGCCAGCAGAAUGUAGAAGAUACAACAAAUGAAUUCUCCCCUGGAGCCUAUGGAAGAAGGUGGCCCUGCGGACACCUUGGUUUUGACACGGUGAAACUGACUUCAAAUUUCUCACCUCUAGAAGCAGAAGAGAAUAAAUUUGAAUUGUUUAAUCCAUCAAGUUUGUGUUAAUGUGUCAUACCAGUGAUGGGAAAUUAAUAAUUAUUAAUCUAACAUAAUUUUCCCUAGGGUUUUAAAGUUGUUUUCAAAGCUAUUUUUAAUCUGCUAGUUAAAAUAUAUCUUCAUUUUGUGACAGUUUUCAGGUAUAUAUCCAUUAUAUGUGCUCGGUCCACUCUACUCUCCCUUCCUGUGGCCCUAUCAUAUUUGGGUCCCACUACCUGAAUCUGUCCCACUUUAACUUUUCUUGCCCUGGCAGGUGUUGGUUGAGCAUUGUCCCAUGAACCAAAAGUCAUC